AUGCAAAAAUGCGAUGACCACGUACAAAAAAACGAACAAGAAUACUGGAAUCAUGAUAUGAUAUUUGAUACUAUGAUGGACGAAAUCAUUAUAAACUUACAAGAUGAUUCUAAAUCAAGUUCAGAGAGUUCAGAAUCAAGUGAUUCAGAGGAUAUGUCAGAAAUGGCGCCAACACAAUCAAAAGAACCAAGGAAAACUUGGGAUAAAGAACAAAUGAUUAAAGCCAUAAAAAUGGUUCGCGAGAAGAAAAUGGGCACUUUAAAAGCAGCAAAAUUUUUCAAAAUACCAGAACAAACAGAUACAAGAACGACAUUGCAACGCUUAAGCCUGAAAACGGAACUUAGUCCUGAAGAAGCGGCUACCACAACAUUAGGUAGAAAAACAACGUUGGGAACACAAUUAGAAAAUGUUUUAGUAGAAUACAUUUUAACUUUGGAAAGUAAAUUUCAUGGAUUAACAAGGACUGAUCUUCACAGAAUGGCAUACAUGUUGGCAGUACGCAACAAUUUGCAAAAUCCGUUUGGUGAAUCUGGAAUAGCAGGAAAAACGUGGCUAAGGCUAUUUUUGAAACGUCAUAAAGACAAACUGUCAAUUAGGAGGCCUACGGGAACAUCGUUCGCAAGAGUAUUCGGCUUUAAUAAAGAAAACGUGGAUAAUUUUUUUCAACUUCUGGAAGAGAUUUAUGAGAAAAAUAACUAUUCAGCAGAUCGUGUAUACACCGUUGAUGAAAUUAGCCUAACAGUUGUCCAGAGUAAAAUUCCACAAGUUAUUGGACGCCGAGGAAAGAGGCAGAUAGCAUCACUAACAUCAGCAGAAAGGGGUUCCAUGGUUACAAUUGUAGUAUGCAUGAAUGCCACCGGCCAUUUUGUACCUCCAUUCAUAAUUUUUCCACGAAAAAAUAUGAACUUACAACUGAUGAGAGGUUGUCCUCCUGGAGCUGAAGGAGUUGCACAUCCAUCAGGCUGGAUCCAAAUGAAUAUUUUUACAGAUUGGUUUAAACAUUUUAUAAAUCAUACACACCCAACACCAGACUCAAGAGCUUUACUCAUAUUAGAUGGACAUUUCAGCCACACCCGAAACAUUGAUCUAGAAGGUAAAGCUCAGGUUGCCUGCAGUUUAAAACAUUUUUCAAAUUGGACGGACUUAAAAACAUUUCUAAGGUCUACAUUCGGAGAAAAGAAACAUGCUACUCAUUUACUGUCCGAUUUACAACAUUCUUAA